AUGCUACUACCCAGCAGAGUCGGUCUAAUAUGGCUGCUCUUCUAUUUAUUGCUUGCAUUCACGCUGGCUAAACCUUCAACAUCCUCCCUGCUUGCGCCUGAGCCCUCUCCGUCCUCAAUUAUCGAUUAUCUCUCAUCCGAGGUCCAAUACUCCUACUUUCUUCGGCAUCUCCAGCGGUCUGGGCUAGUGCCGCAGAUUAACCAGCUUCAGAAUGUCACGCUCUUUGCUCCAAUUAACCUGGCGUUUGUUGACGACGAGGUGCUUCAGAACGACACUCCAGAAAACCUAUGGCGCUACUUUGCAAAUCAAAGACUACGAAUUGGGUAUCUAGAUACAAGGAAUGUGGUGGCCGACUCGUUGUAUGUGAUCAGAGAAGCAGCGUAUAGGAACGUUACGUAUCCUUUAAAAUUAUCCGCUGACACGGCGCUUCGGCAGUACAAUGUCAAUGGGAUAGCUCAAGUGGUUGAGUUUGACUUUUACGCGAAGCACCAACACUCGUUUGUCCAAGCUAUCGAUAAGCUUCUUCCACUUCAGCCAAGCAUAUGCGAUCUUUUGCUAGAUGGCAGCACCGACUAUAUAAACGGACACAAGAUGGCGUUUGUGAAGCGACUCUUUCAACUGAUGUUCGAUGUUAAAAAAGCUCACGGACCAAGGUGCUCAGAGUUCUUGGGGAACACUUCCACAAUUCUUCUUCCUCUGGACAGUAUGAUUGAACAGUCGCUUCUGAAAGCCGAGAUCGACUACUUCACAACCUUAUACAGAGUGUCAAAAAAUGUGAAUUUGGAAACUUCAAAAGACGCUAUAGACGAACUUUCCGCUGACGUUGGAGGAAUGCUUAGUACAUUGUUGUUGCCUGAACUUGUCGACGGUGUAAACGGCACUGAUCAUCCUGUUGAUAGCGAGGGAAGGAAGAAGAAAAAGAAGAAAAAGAAGCUGAAGCCGAAACCAUACGCUCCGCGCUAUAACAUUACUCUCGACGAUGAAACCAAUCAAAUCAUCAUAAAUGGGGCUAUUCGUUCCACCAAUGACUCUACAGGUCUCACUGCUAGAGACGGGAUUGUACACAUUUUCGAUGCAGAGAGUAAUGGGCCAGAUACACGGUUCUUCUCUGCACUAAACUACACUGUUCCCACACUUAUUCCUCGAAAAGUGUUAUACUCAUUGCAUUUUUCCCAGUUCGUGGAGGAGCUUCGUUUCAGAAGACUUGGAAAGCUUAUCAAUGGAAAAAGUAUAAAUCAGACCUUGAUACUCGAUCUUUCGGAUCGAGAUGACUUUCAAGACGACGAAUCGAUGACAGUUGCUUCUUUUAGCAGCAAACAAAAUGCCUUAUACAGGUUCUUGGAGGGCCAGCUAGACCGUCUCCAGGUAAUGGAUUCAGUGACACAUGAACAGCGACUCAUGACGUCCAAGCUUUGCCUGAACAAGCGCAUUGGUCUGUGCUUCAAGGUCAAAGUUACUGAAAGCCAUCACAAUGGUGACGUUGUCACAACUUUCAAUAAUGAUAUUGCUGCCAAGGGAAAGCCGGUCUGGGCAGCAGGGGACACUUCGAUCUACAUAGCUGACAAGCCUCUUUUGCCACCACUGUCUCUUAAACAUACAUUCGCAGAGUUACUCACUGACGGAGCUGUGAACGGUAGGCUUGAACACAUCGAGAUCGAUAAGGAGUUUUGUAUGUGGACCUUGGAACAUUUGAAAGAGCAUGGUCUCAACCUGGUGAAGGAGAAUAACAAGGGCUACACAUUAUUUCUUCCAUGCGGGCACACCAUUUGGGGCCCUUUUUCUGGGAAGAAGGGCGCGGAAGAAGUAUCCCUUAAGAACCUUGGUCUCACGUUGAGGUACUUAGAGUCUCAUCCCAAGCAGAUGAAGGAUAUUUUAAAAGGGUUAUUCAUUGAGGAUCUUAUUUAUUCAGACUUUGGUCUAGAUGAUGACAUCGAAACAACUCGUAUUGCCAAAACUCUUCGUGGAGACAUGGUCAAUAUCAGUGAAAGUCACCGCAUGGGAGAAUUCAACCACCUUAUCAAGCUUAACGAGACACUUCUUUCUGUACCACUCAACUCAGAUGUGCUCUUUAGUCAGGGCGUCAUUCACAUUACUAGUAAUUUUUUAUUGCCGCAAGAUUUCCGUCUUUCGAUGCUUGAUUUGCUCGAAACGACAGAAAGCAGUAAGAACAAGUUCUCGUUUAUUUCGUUUGUGAGACAGUUUCCUGUGGUGUCUAAUGCAUUACAUUUAGAUAAGAAAGGCGAGUCCCAGUAUUCGGUGCUUGUUCCCAAGCCAGAGCUGCUUCAGUCGAUGAACAUUACAAAGAGUUUCUCAAAGCUACAUGACUUUGUCCAACUUCAUUUGAUGCGAAAUGAGGAUGCAGCGACCCUAAAGAGAUGUAUGAGCCAGACUUUUGACACCAAUCAAACAUUUGUCAUCCAUACAAAUCGCUCGGAUGGCGAAUUCACCUGCGAGAAAAACUUUGAUAAUGGAAAGACGUACCUCAAAUUGCAGAGCCAAGAGCCAACGUCCAUGCUAUCUGUUCUUGGGUAUAACUCAGACAGGAAAGUGAAAGUCGUCACCUACGGGUGUACGUCGGCAAAGCAGAAUGCCAGCUGUGUUUUCCUCCUCGAGAAACCCUUCAACUUGGCAUGGUUUUCUCAUGACAACAACUUUCUCCACAUUGGCUGGUUCAGUGUGGCCCUUGGUGUCCUCUUUGGGAUUCUUCUUUUUGGAACCAUUCUCACAACCAUUGUCCUAUUUCUUGGAAAUCGUCCUCGAAAGCUGUCCAAGCCGUUGAACAUUCCCAGCAGCUUGCCUCUGCCUCCAGGACCCACUUUUAUGCGAGUGACAUCCGACGAAGACAUGCAAGGAGGCGUUGUCGACUAUGGUUACGAGAGUGACGAUGACCUCAAUCGUAACGAGAGCGAAUCACUUUUGCUGGUUUCUGGGUUAAGAAAGAAAGGACGCCGCGGGUACGGCUCCAUUAGGGAAGAACGUAUGAGUUUGAGUCCCGUAAGGAAACCAGAGGAUAUACCUCCAUCAGCACCAAGGCAGAUAAAGCCUUCAAGGCUGUCAUUGAGCCGCACAAGAAACUUGCCUGGCUAA